GGCUCCGACACGGGCCGUCUCCAUCACAGAUUCCGAGAGCUCCCAAGGUCGCGCCGCGGCUCCUACCCCGCCUCCCCCACCGUAUCCCGCCGGUCGCUCGCCUCGCCCCGCCGCCGCCGCCGCAGGUCGACAUGGGGUUCGUGUCCUUCGCCGGGAGGGUCCUCUUCGCCUCCGUCUUCCUCCUCUCCGCCUACCAGGAGUUCACUGAAUUUGGAACUGAUGGCGGGCCAGCUGCAAAGAAUCUUGCGCCUAAGUUUAACAGUUUCACCAAAAAUAUUUCUGUACACCUCGGAGUUGUGGUGCCUCAUGUAGAGUUGAAGCAUGUGAUUGCUGCUACCAUUGGUCUGAAGGGUCUGGGUGGUCUCCUGUUUAUCGUCAGCAGUUCAUUUGGUGCUUAUCUCCUGGCUCUCUACCUUGCUUUCAUCACGCCCGUCGUCUAUGACUUCUACAACUACGACAUGGAGAAGGCUGAAUUUGUGCAGAUCUUCAUGAAGUUCACACAGAACCUGGCGCUGUUUGGAGCCCUUCUCUUCUUCCUGGGCAUGAAGAACUCGGUCCCCAAGAGGCAGGCCAAGAAGAAGGCCCCCAAGUCCAAGACAACUUAGAUAGUUGCGGAGAAGACUCUUAUUUAACAAAGAAGCUACCGUACCUGGUUCUCUUAUAUGUGUAAUCGGAUCCGUUUUUGAAGGGGGGUGCAGGCCUUACGAGGUGUGGGUGGCGGUUUAGGCGACUAGAUUGUGUAUCAUUAUUAUUAUGUGCUACUUCCGAUUUGAUUGUUGUAGGGCUAAAGAUUGUUAUCCCAUUUGUUUAUUUUGCAACCAAUAUUGUUACUGAUGGAAAGGAUGUUACCAAGGUCA